GCUUCGUAUCUGCAACGCCACUGCCAGUGGAUAUUGGAGUAUAUUGCUAGCUGCAAAACCAGCUUCAGGGUCAUCGACAAUUGUGUAGGCCCGGGAAAUGGUAUAAGAUGGCCCAUGGAAAUUUCUGCAAAUAUUCUCAAAUGCCCUGCCAGUGCCACCUGUUGAUUACUUCGACAUUUCAUCCGUGAAGAUGGUCGUCAAGAGCUCUUUUUUAUCGGUUACAGCUUUGUCUUAUUUUAGUGUUCUCAACAAUGUCGUACAAGCCCAGGGUGCCCUGAAAGGUACUGGGUCAACUACGCGAGGAUGGUCAUGUUGCAAGAAUUCUUGUUCAUGGAGCGGCAAAGCUCCAGUCAACAAUCCAGUUCUAUCCUGCGACAAUGUCGACAAUAUUCUCAACAACCCAGCUCGCCGGGACGGUUGUGACAGUGGAGGAGGAUCCUUUGCCUGCUCUGAUCUCAGCCCCUGGGCCGUGAGUAAUGACCUAGCAUAUGGUUACGCCGGAGUAAAUCUUGCGGCUGCGAAUGAGACGUCAUGGUGCUGCUCCUGCUAUCAACUCACAUUCACUUCGGGGCCAGUGAACGGAAAGAAAAUGGUGGUGCAGAUUGUCAAUACCGGAAGCGAUCUCGGUCAUGACCAAUUUGAUCUCGCUAUUCCAGGAGGCGGCCAAGGAGAUCUCCAAGGUUGUUCCAAACAAUUCGGCCGCAGUGAUAUUUGGGGCGAGACCUACGGAGGAGUAGCGCACCGUGAAGACUGCGAUAGCUUCCCUGAACCACUGCAGGGAGGGUGUUACUGGAGAUUUGAUUGGUAUCGCAACGCCGAUAACCCAACGGUCAACUGGGAGAAAGUCUCUUGCCCGGAAACACUAUCGUUUGUCUCUAAUUGCAGACGAAAUGACGAUCCACUUCCCGGGAAAAACACCCCCACGCCCACUACCAGUUCUAAGGCACUACCAGUAGCAUCCGGCACGGUUCCGCAAGGCGGUCAGUGUGGCGGAAGGAGAUACUCAGGACCGACGGUUUGCGUUAGCGGGACCGUUUGCACUUUUGUUUCUGAGGAUAGUUACUAUUGUCUUCCGGAUCCUGCAAGCACUCGCAGCACGCCGACUACAACCAUCCAUACCCCAGUCCCAACCAUUGCCGAGCCCUGGGAUCAGUGCGGAGGUCGAGGAUUCACCGGGCCUACGCGGUGCAGGGAUAGCAUCUGCGUCAGGUUUGACGAAUGGUAUUCUCAAUGCCAGCCUCCAUCCAGCUCAUCUGCAGCUCGACCGCGCACAACAUCAACUCCAGCUCAGGGAAAUCCAAGCAACACAGGUGGGUGGCCGGGAUGGUCAUUCACCCGUCCACCGCGCACCAGGCCAGGUAACACCCAGCGGCCUCAGCCAGGAACGCCCACUUCCACAAGCAGACCAGCUCAGCCGGGCGUAACUCAGAUUGCUCAGCUAUUUGAGCAAUGCGGCGGACGUACGUUCCAGGGCACAGUACGAUGCGCCGAAGGGUUGAGUUGCAUAUAUGUUGACGAGUACUAUUCGCAAUGUCAGAAGCCAGCGAAGGCAUGAAAGAGUGGUGCGCCAUGGUCAGGAGAUACAUUGUAGAUGGAUUGUAGAGAAGCGGCGCAAGUGACAGCUGCCGAACGUCUAAGUAAAUGUCAAACCUAGGGGUCGAUUGUAUACAGACGUAGUGGGGACCGCAAGCGAGCAAUCGAGCUCCAAAAUCAAACGUCCACUUGGAGUCGAUCAUUUACCACUCACAUUUACCCCUGUGAUUAGCAUAUGAUUGGCAUACAUGUUCAUACCCGGUGGAUGUGAACGAUCGCCUCCGGUGUCUUUUAUUUACUCUGGCAUCGCGUGCCGUUAUCAUGACCUACCACUCCCUGCAAACCGUCCCACCCCCCCGGACACAUACAGAUUGCAGUAAUGGCCACG